AUGGGUAAAAGCAAGGCCCCAAAGCAGCCCAAGUCCAUUGUGCAGAAAGGCGCAGAAACCAUCGAAAAGUCAGUCUCGCUGCCCAAUUGGCCCGUCUUCAAACCCCCACUGCCUGUUGCUCAUUUGACUCUGGAGCCACCGGUGCCGGCAUUCGAGGACAAGAUCCUCGUGGCCCGUAACUUCUUUCCAAAGUCUCUCUGUCGAGACUAUGUCGCCUUUCUCCAGACUCUUCCCUUGACGACUACCCCAGGCCGUCCCAAACGCGGGGAAGCCGUGCGAGUGAAUGACAGAUUUCAGAUAAAUGAUUUCGCUUUUGCCCAGCGUCUGUGGAUGGAGACUGGUCUCAAGGACUUGGUGCAAGAUGAGACCUUGACUAACCUUUGGUGA